AUGCAGAGUCAAAAUUUCAAUCACGUCACAAGUUGUUCAUAUUUACCUGGUGCAUUGGGCCAACAUAUGAAGAAGUCUUCUAUGUCCGAAUCAUCAUCUGAUAUAAUGGAUUUAGAUGAUGGCAUCGAUGCUACAUCAGGUUUGACUGAUCAUCCUGACCGACAUUUAGCUCCAUUUUUGCGAGCACAGCAAUCAUUCGAAAAGCAACAAUUACAAUUGCAACAACAACAGAAUGGCUUGCGUGGCCAAACAAAUACACUGCAACUGCGUCACAAUAGUGCCAUGGCCGUCAGCAUUGAAACUGACGUCUGA